UGUUAUUAAAACAAUUGUACUUGACAGUUUAUUUAAUAUUGAAUACUUGUAAAUAAAUUUAAAAAAUGACAUCAAUGCUUGAUAAAUAUGAAGAAGCAUAUGAUGCAGAAAUGUAUCUUGAUAGGAGUACAGCAGGAUUUAUUCAAAUGAAAUUCCAAAAUGAUGGACCAAUUUUUACAAGGCAAAAACUUAAUUUUGUACCAACUGAUCAAAUUUUACAUUUUGUUGUUAAUAACAAUAUCAAUGUCAUUGCCAUGAGUAACAAUACUCUCUUACGUAGUGACAUGAAAGAUCCAAAUUCACUAGAUGUGAUUGAUAUAUCAAAAUAUACAACAAAUAUGAAAAUAUCAGGAAUGUUUCUUGAUCCUUUGGGUAAUCAUUUGUUAAUAGCUUUUGUUGCAAAGUCUGAAAAUAAUUCACCUCCUGAAUUAUAUUACUUACACAGAAAAACAACAAAAUUGAAACAGGCAAGUAAAUUCAAUGGACAUGAAAUUACUGCUGUUGGUUGGAAUUUUUCAAAUACUUCAGAAACCGCUACAGGUCCAAUUCUCUUAGGAACUUCAAAAGGUCUCAUUCUUGAAACAGAAAUUGAUAUAGAUGCUGAUAAAAUAUUUAAUUUAAGCUUGGAACAAUAUUGGCGUCAGCUUCCUAACUAUUUACCUCUUUAUGGUGCUAAAGAGGUAGAAGGAUUGGUGUUUGAUAUAGGAGAAGAUAGUAAACCACCAAUUACUGGUUUAGUGUUUCAUAAAAUACCAAAUACUGACAAAUAUAUGAUUAUUGUUACCACUCUUAUGCGAAUUUACCAAUAUAUUGGACCAGUACAAAAUCCAGAAGAAAAACCUUUAUUGCAACAAGUUUUCAAUAAAUAUUUAAAUACACCAGAAAGCUUUAUUGAAGUACUAAGUUCAUUACCUUAUUCUAAAAUGCAACUCUAUUAUUCUGCACUUGGUGCUUUACCAAAAUCUUUUGGUUGGUUAACCGAAACUUGUAUAUUAUAUGCUCAGAUUGAUCCACAAGUGGAUCCAAAAAAUGUAUUAAUAAAUCAGCAAAGGUUAAUUUGUUCUGAAGCAAGUCCAAUGAAAAACAAUGAUUCAGAAACACCAUUAUCUCCUGCUCCAUUAUCUUUUGUUUUGACAGAAUUUCAUGCAUUAUUAGUUUAUACAGAUCGUGUUAAAGGCAUGUCACUUUUAAAUGAGAAAUUGAUAUUUGAAGACAUUUACAAUGAUGCUGUUGGAAAAUUCGUUAAUAUUACCAAAGACUGUAUAACACAUUCUAUAUGGGCUUAUAGUGAAAGAGCAAUAUUUAAAUAUAAAGUUAAUAAAGAAGAUAGAAAUGUCUGGCAGGUUUAUGUUGAUAAAGGCGAAUUUGAACUUGCAAAACAAUAUUGUAAAGAUAAUCCAGCACAUACAGAUGAAGUUCUUGUAAAGCAAGCAGACAUGCUUUUUAAAAAUAAGGAAUAUGAAAAAAGUGCUCUUAUAUAUGCAGAUACACAUUCAUCAUUUGAAGGAAUUUCUUCAAAAUUCCUUCAGGAAUGGCAAAUAGAGGCAUUAAAAACAUUCCUUAAAAAGAAACUCGAAGGAUUGAAACCCCAAGAUAAAACACAAAUAACUAUGAUUGUUGUAUGGAUGACCGAGUUAUUUCUGAAUCAAAUGGGUGAAUUACGGAAUAAUAAUACAUCGUACUUGCACGAUUCACAGUAUUUGGAACUGCAGAAACAGUUUGAUAGUUUUCUUGCAAUACCAAAAGUAGAGGAAUGCAUAAAAAGGAAUCGUAGCACCAUAUACGAUUUAAUGGCAAGUCAUGGUGACAAAGAUAAUCUGGUUCGUUUGACUAUAAUGCACUGUAACUACGAAGAAGUGAUACGUCAACAUUUAUAUAAAAAUAAUUAUUUAGAAGCUCUUGAAGUUUUAAAAAGUCAAAACAAUAGAGAACUUUUUUAUCAGUUUUCUGGUAUUCUUCUGAGAGAGUUACCACGUCCUGCAGUGACUGCUUUAAUGUCACAAGGUUCUUUGUUAAAACCAUCUAAGCUACUUGCAACCUUAGUAGCUUGCACUAGUGAUGAAAAACACGCCAAAGAAGUAAUCAGAUAUUUAGAAUUUUGUAUAUAUGAACAAAGUUGUCAAGAACAAGCAAUACACAACUUUCUAUUAUUACUAUAUGCUCGUUAUAAACAAGAUGAAGUAAUGCGUUAUAUUACUUCUCAAGGACAAGAUAUAAAUAUGGUAUAUUAUGAUGUGCAUUAUGCAUUACAAUUGUGUCAAGAAGUUGGUUUAACAGAAGCUUGUGUACAAUUGUCUGCUUUACUUGGGCUCUGGACAACAGCGGUUGAUUUAGCUUUAACAAUUGGUGUUAAUCUUGCUAAAAAAAUAGCUGCUAUGCCUUCUGAUAAUGAAUUAAGAAAAAAGUUAUGGCUAAAAAUUGCUGAAUACGUGGUUCGAGAGAAAGAUGAUAUUAAACAAGCAAUGGAAUUCUUGCAACAUUGCGAUAUAGUCAAAAUACAAGAUAUACUACCAUUCUUUUCAGAUUUUGUUACUAUUGAUCACUUUAAAGAUGCUAUUUGCAAAUCAUUACAGGAAUAUAAUCAACAUAUUCAAGAUUUGAAGGAAGAUAUGCAAGAAGCAACAAAAGCAGCUGAAGAUCUCAGGAAGGAUAUACAAGAAUUUAGAACGAGGUGUACAUUGGUACAUGUAACAGAUAAAUGCAAUAGCUGUAAUAUCCAAUUAUUAUUACGACCUUUUUACGUAUUUCCAUGUGGACACGGAUUUCAUAGUGAUUGCCUUGUAGCUGCAUUAACACCUAUGUUGUCAAUGGAUCAGAGAACAAAGCUAGUUGAUCUACAACGUCAACUGACCGCUCUUUCUAACAGAUCUGAAGACACUACAUCAGCUGGAUCUGCAUAUUUAUCUAUGAAAGAUCAAAUCAAGGCUGACAUUGAUGAAUUGGUAGCCUCUGAAUGUUUAUAUUGUGGAGAACUUAUGAUUGAGUAA